GCCACCGUGAUGCGCUUGCACUGGCAGCUCAGCGCUACUCAGUAGCUAAGAAGGCCCCAUGAUAGACAUUUUUUGACCUCUAAAUGGAGUAUUCGACUGACGAUGUCACAGCAGCAAGGAGUUUGCAGUUCGCUACGUACAUAUAUACAUCGAUGGCUGCAUUCUGGACCUAUGAUUAUGCAUGCUCACUUCAUGAAGAGUGGUCAUUUUUGCUUCGAUCGCAAUGGAACAAGAUGAAAAGCUUGUAUAUUGUUACAAGAUACCUUCCCUUUAUCCUUCUCAUCACAGAUCUAUAUAUGAGCUUUACCUCGAAUGAGAACCCAGCUAAAUGCGGGAUGUUGGCCAAUAUUAGCUCAGGGUUCGGCAUGCUAUUAGCCGUUUGCUCCGAGUGUUUUUUCAUCCUCAGAACAUAUGCGCUCUGGAACAGAAAUAGAAUCUUGCUCGCAGCCAUCCUGGGCACCUUUUUCUCGUUUCUCGCAGCAUCCGUCAGCAUUACCGUCGACACUACCGUCUCCGCAGCAUAUACGACUAGCCCGAUCCCGGGCAUCACAGGGUGCUACCAGAGUUCAACCAGUGACCAGAUUUUUAUCCCAUUUCUUCUCUUUUCUGUGUUCGAACUGGGACUAAUGAUCCUCACGCUCAUACGCGCCAUACAGAGCUGGCGGAGAAACUCAAGCCGUCUGUACGUUGUCCUGAUGAACCAUAACAUAUUCUAUUAUGCUUGCGCUUUCCUAUUCUCGGUAAUGAACAUCUUUACAUCGCUGCUCCUCCAGGACACCUAUCGGACUGUUUUGAAUGGUUUCCAGUUCCUGACCCUUGCGAUUGUUGCCGUGCGCAUGCACAUCCAUCUCUGGCAGACAAACCAACAUCUAUGUCGUUCAUGGAGCGAGGCUUGGACCGUACAAGAUGACUGGUGGGGGUGGGUUUGGUAG